AUGCACCGACCCACUCUCCGCUGCUCUCCGGCCUCCGCCUCUCCCUGUAGGGGGCCGGACCUGCACCCAGCGCUUGUCCCCACUCGUCCUCCCCCAGCCCGUCCAGGCGCGCUCCUCCCCGCCUGGCCCCUCCCCUUAGGCGCGCUGCGCGCGGCGUCCGGGAGGCGAACGCGGGCUGAGCCCAGCGCAGGGGUCGCCCACCAGCGAGCUCCCCGCGCUUCUCCCAGCUUGUGCGGCUGGCGGUGGCUCGCAGCCCCCGGCAACAGCCUCGGCAGCUUCGGCCGCGCCUGGAGAGGCAGGCGGCCGGCCGAGCCCAGGCUGGGAGACAUGAUUCGUAGCGUCCUCCGGCUGCUCCUCGGCAGCUUCCUCACCGAGCUGUGCGCCCGCGUGUGCCGGGCGCAGGAGCGAGCGGGGCACGGGCAGCUGGCUCAGCUGGGCUGCGUGGUAGUGCUGGCGCGGGGAGGGGGGCGUGCGGGCGCUCUGGGGGCCGCCUCGGAAGAGGCCAGCGAGGGCGCGGGGGUCUGGGACGCGUCCCCUACCCGAGCGCCCACGCCGAACUUCUGCCGGGGCUACUUCGGUAUCAGGGACCAGUGGACCAGCCGUUCAAUUGUUCCUCGGGCGACUUCAUCUUCCGCUGAGGGACUUGUGACUUGCGGUUCUGCUGCACGUUUUAAGAAGCGGCGACUGAACCAGAGCACCUGCACCAACUCUGACAUUCCGCUGUGGCUCAACACCCGCAAGGCCCCCGGGCGCAAGGACGGCCCCCAGCACCACCCCACGAAGGACAAGACCAACCUGAUCCUUUACAUCAUGUGCGGGGUGCUGGCCGUCAUGCUUGUAGGCAUCUUCACCAAGCUGGGGCUGGAGAAAGCGCACCGGCGGCAAAGGAAGCCAAGUCCAGUUAAUUUACAGCAAAAAACUGCAAAGAUCAACACGUUGGAGAAAGAAAGCACAGAGCUGGCUGAAGCAAUAUCCAUGUGGGAACAGAAGAUACAUCUUCAAGAAGCUAAGAGAGAAAGUAACAUUCACUCUGCUGAAGCUCUGAAGUCGAAAUCAGAAGAUGCAAACGGUCAAUUGGAGGAUCCAGAACUGAGAGCCUGGAGGUCCAAGAAAUGUGAACUGGAAGCACGGAAAAAGGCCCAGGAAGACAUUGAUAAUGCUUUGAGUUCUAUUAAAGCAAUCAGGGAAGAAACAGCCAAAAUGCUGAAGGAGAGAGGAGACAUCCUUGAUAAAUUCUAUGAAGAAAGAAAAAUGGCUACAGCAAAGAAUCUGGAUAUGACAAACUGUGAACUAGUGGCAAUGAAGAAUCAGAUGGCAACUGCAGAGGAAAAUCUGAAAAUAGCUACAAGGGACAUACACAAGUGCAAGCAGAAAAUUGAACAAACACGAGAAAAGCUGCAGAAGGCAGAACUCACCUUCACACACCAGGUCGCAGUUUAUGAGCGUAAUGCUGAGGACAACUGGGUCAAGUCUCGGAUCUGGGAGAGGAAAAUGGCGGAGCAGAGCCGAGAGGUCGCCCGCUUGAAACACAGACUGAAUGUGAUGGAAGGAAAGAGGCUGCUUGAGGGAUACAGGAGGCAGAGACCAAUGCCUGGAAGUCCGGAGAUGCAGAACCCUGCGAGGAGAGAGCCUUUAGCCGAAGCUGAUGUCACUCCCAUGAGUCACAACUACAAGCAGUCUACCAACAAUGCCGAAAAGGACAGGGGCAGUGUGGAUCCGUGGCGACCUCCUCCAUCAACUGGAAGAUUCUGCCCACCCUACUAUAGAGGCCACCCUUUGAUCUGGGCACAUCCACCUCCUGCACCAGGUUCGGGACCAUCCCGAACCCCUCCACCUGCACCACUUGGGCCUUUUGCAGACCCACAUGUUGCUCCUGUGAGUAACAACAACACUGACUCUACCAAAAGGAUCACAGAGGACAAGGCCAUUAUGUAUGCAAGAGGGCCUGGUCCUUCCCCAGGAUCACCUUGCAGGCUGUCCCCCACGGACCACCCUUCACCACCAGUCACGGGCUGUGGGCCACCUCCGCCUCCUCCACCAGCUCCUCCACGUACUAAAUUUGGUUUGCGUCUCCGAAAGUUCCCUCGCAAUCUCCUGAGGUUUUGCCUGUGUUCCUGCUGUGUCAGCUCUAACACCAGCUCUCGGCGGUCAUCUCAGAGCCUCAGGAGAAUGGGAAGUUUGAAGAGGACCCUGAACUGUGACCAAUAGGCUGUGGUGAUGUGAUAUAUUGAGAAAAGUUGUCUGACAUGCGUAUUUGACUGAAUUCUUUCCCUGACCAUUCCUGUCCCCUCUAUUUUGUUUUUCCUCGUUUCCCUUAAUAAACCCAUCACAGUUCUGUA